AGCAUUUAUAGCAUUCAUUCGCCGGUGUUUUACGGACAAAGCAGACGCACUCGACAAGGUUUUAUUUAAUUAAUUUAUAUUAUUUACAGCGUUUUAUAACAGCCUAAAUAGCGAGGUUGUUCUAACUCUGGCAAAAACAACUAUUUCCGCGUACAUGAAAUUGCUAACUGCUAAAACCCACCUGCGUAAAUAUGAUAGGUUGUUGAGUGACGCUUUCUUCAUUGUGAUUGGUCGCGUUCUCUUAUGAGACCCAUCGUCACUCCAUAAGGAUACGCACGUAAAGGAAGACGUAUGCUGUUCCAGACUUUCUCUCUUUGCUGCGCUCCUUUCAUGUCUUUUGUUCGAGGGGCUCGACGCUAGGCGACAAAUUAUGAAGAACAGGAGGGCCUGAGCUUCUUUGGGAUAAUUUCAGAUGCUCCAUGUGGAUCCAUGUUAAUCUUUUCACUACCCGGUCUGAACAGAGCAGCGGUGCGUGUGAGGAGACUGGCAGCACAGCUCAGCAAAGCAGCCAUGUCUACUAACAGCCAGGGCUCCAGCUCGCCCCCUGCAGUCAGCGGGGACGCUCCCACCGCCGCCAUCCUCAUCAUAGGCGACGAGAUACUCAAGGGCCACACAGUAGACACCAACAGCACCUUCCUAACGCAAGCCCUCAGAAGGCUGGGCGUGUCCGUGCAGCGUAUAACGGUCAUACCGGAUGUCCACGAGGUGAUCGCCAAAGAGGUGGUCGUCCUCUCCUCCCAGUACACGCACCUGAUCACGUCGGGGGGCGUGGGCCCCACUCACGAUGACAUAACCUUGGAGAGCAUCGCCGCAGCGUUUCAGGAGGAGGUGUAUCGCCAUCCCGAGCUCGCCCAGCUGGUGGAAGAGUUCUUCGGGGUGACGGACAACGACAGCCCGGCCAUGAAGUUGGCCAUGGUGCCUCGUUCAGCCAAGCUUAACUAUGGGACUGAUCCUCAGACUGGGAAACAGCUGCGCUACCCAAUAGUCAGCGUGCGUAAUGUGUACGUGUUUCCUGGGACCCCGUCCUUCAUGGAGAUGGCCUUCACUGGGCUGGAGCACCUCUUUGCCAGUUCAGGAACCAAAUUUCACUCUCGCGAGGUGUUUGUAGACGCGGAAGAAACAGAGAUCGCUCCCGUGCUCACCAAGCUGCAGGCCAGUUGGGGCCGACGGGUGGCUCUCGGUUCCUACCCCGACUGGUUGAGCAAUUACAGCAAAGUCCGACUCGUCCUGGACUCGGACAGCCAGGAGGAGGUGGACAAAGCCCGGGCGCAGCUGGUUGAUCAGCUGCCCAAAGGGAGUGUGGUGUCCUUAGUCAAAGACCCGGUGUCUAUUGCUCCAGCAGAGGUGUACAAGCUGGCCAGCAACGGCACAACCUUGGGUGAGAAAGUCAAGUGUGCGCUGCAAACGAUAGAGACGGCGCUGGAUCAGUAUUCAACCGAGCAAGUCUGCGUUGGCUUCAAUGGAGGCAAAGACUGCACCGCUCUGCUCCAUCUCUACUACUCUACCCUGAAACGGCGGUAUCCAGAUGGGAAAGACAAGGUUAAAGCUCUGUACAUCCGGAAUGUCUCACCGUUCCCAGAAAUGGAGAGAUUCCUCCAAGACACAACAAAAAAAUAUGACUUGGAGUUGAUCUCCGUGGAGGGAAGUAUCCGGCAGGCUCUCAACGAGCUGCAUGACAAGAGGCCGGAGCUGAAGGCCGUCCUGAUGGGAACCAGGAGAACGGACCCCUAUUCCAACACCCUCACGCCGAUGUGCCCCACGGAUCCUGGCUGGCCGCAAUACAUGAGAGUCAACCCACUGCUGGACUGGACGUACCACGACAUCUGGUCGUUCUUGAGGACGCUACACGUUCCUUACUGCAUCCUCUACGAUAAAGGGUAUACGUCGCUGGGCAGCAUGGACAACACCUACAGAAACAAGUCCCUGCAGGUAGUGGAUGAAAGGGGAGUGACGCGAUACAAGCCAGCCUACCUCCUGGAGAACGAAGCAGAGGAGCGAAACUCCCGUGCCUGAUGCCGUCCCUGUCCUCAGUUGUUCGUUUUAUUAUUAUUAUUAUUUAGAUGUCUGAAUAGUCUUCAAAAUCUCCUAUCUGAUAACCACAUUACUGAUUUUCAGAGCGUUAGAAAACCCCCCACACUAUGUCUAAAUGUGACUGAAUGGAAGGACCGCGUGUUAUAAAGUGUUUGCAAUGCUGCUGCUGAAUAAAACAUCAGUUCAUGUG